AAGGCGUUCCUAUGGGCCCUUUUCCGGUGCAAGGGGCCGGAAGUUGUGGCCCGGCCGUGUCAACUGGGGGGCUGAGGUUCGAGAGUGCCGCUGAGACCGCGACCAUGGGCGGGAAGAACAAGCAGAGGACCAAGGGGAACCUGAGGCCUUCAAACAGUGGCCGAGCUGCAGAACUCCUUGCCAAGGAACAGGGAACAGUGCCUGGAUUUAUUGGUUUUGGAACAUUUCACAGUGACCUAGGCUAUGUUCCUGCUAUUCAAGGAGCUGAAGAAAUAGACAGUCUUGUGGAUUCUGAUUUCCGAAUGGUGCUGCGAAAACUUUCAAAGAAAGAUGUCACGACAAAACUAAAAGCUAUGCAGGAAUUUGGAACCAUGUGUAUAGAGAGAGACACGGAAAUUGUAAAAGGAGUUCUUCCAUAUUGGCCAAGAAUUUUCUGCAAAAUUUCACUAGAUCAUGACCGCCGGGUUCGAGAAGCCACACAGCAAGCUUUUGAAAAACUUAUCCUUAAAGUUAAGAAACACUUGGCUCCUUACUUAAAAAGUUUAAUGGGCUAUUGGCUAAUGGCUCAGUGUGAUACUUACACACCAGCUGCAUCUGCAGCAAAAGAUGCCUUUGAAGCAGCUUUCCCUCCAAGCAAGCAGCCUGAAGCCAUAGCAUUUUGUAAGGAUGAAAUUACAAGUGUGCUGCAGGAUCAUCUUAUAAAAGAAACGCCUGAUACACUCAGUGACCCACAAACUAUUCCAGAGGAAGAAAGAGAAGCUAAAUUCUAUCGGGUUGUAACUUGUUCCUUAUUGGCAUUGAAAAAAUUGCUUUGCCUCCUACCCGAUAAUGAGCUUGAUUCUCUGGAGGAGAAAUUUAAGUCUCUUUUAUCACAGAAUAAGUUUUGGAAGUAUGGAAAACACAGUAUACCUCAGAUCCGCUCAGCCUAUUUUGAGUUAGUUUCUGCUUUGUGCCAGCGUACUCCACAGUUGAUGAAAGAUGAAGCAUCCAAAGUGAGCCCAUCUGUCCUUCUUAGCAUUGAUGACAGUGACCCCAUUGUAUGCCCUGCUCUCUGGGAAGCUGUGCUUUACACACUUACAACUAUUGAGGACUGUUGGCUUCAUGUAAAUGCAAAAAAAAGUGUGUUUCCCAAGCUGUCAGCUAUGGUUCGUGAAGGAGGUCGGGGUCUGGCUGCUGUCAUAUAUCCUUAUCUUCUGCCAUUUAUCAGCAAACUCCCUCAGUCUAUUACAGAUCCAAAGUUGGAUUUCUUCAAAAAUUUUCUCACCUCCCUAAUUGCAGGGCUAUCAACAGAAAGAACCAAAACCAGCUUUUCAGAGUGCUCAGCAGUAAUAUCUGCUUUUUUUGAAUGCUUACGUUUUAUAAUGCAGCAAAACUUAGGUGAGGAAGAGAUAGAAGAGAUGCUCGUCAAUGAUCAGUUGAUUCCUUUUAUUGAUGCAGUUCUCAAAGACCCGAGAUUGCAAGAUGAGCAGCUGUUUAACCAUUUGGCAGAAACUUUAAGUUCAUGGGAAGCCAAAGCAGAUUUGGAUAAAGAUGAUAAAACAGCUUACAAUUUGGAGAAAGUGCUACUGAAUUUCUGGGAAAGACUGUCAGAGAUCUGUGUUGAGAAAAUCAAUGAGCCUGAAACUGAUGUUAAGUCAGUUUUGGGUGUUUCUAACCUAUUACAGGUCCUUCAGAAGCCAAAGAGCUCCUUGAAGUUAAAUAAAAAAAACGUUGGUAAGGUUAGAUUUGCUGAUGAGAUGCCUGAAAGUAAUAAAGAGAAUGAGAAAUAUGUCUCCUCAGAAGGAGAGAAUAGUGAAGGCUCUGAAUUAAUGGCUGAACCUUCUCUCACUCACAGUUGCUCAGACCUUGUAUCACCCCUAAGGAAAAAACCUUUGGAAGACUUAGUCUGUAAACUAGCAGAAAUGAGUGUUAAUUAUGUCAAUGAACAAAAGUCGGAGCAACAUCUAAGGUUUCUUUCCACUCUGCUCAACUCCUUCUCUUCAAGCCAAGUAUUUAAAGUGCUGUUAGGUGAUGAAAAACAGAGUAUUGUCAAAGCCAAACCUCUUGAAAUAGCCAAACUUGCACAAAAAAAUCCCGCGAUACAGUUUUUAUACCAGAAAGUAAUAGGUUGGCUAAAUGAAGAUCAAAGGAAGGAUGCUAGUUUCUUGGUGGACAUUUUGUACAGUGCCCUUUGUUGCUGUGAUAGUCAUAUGGAAAGAAAAGCUGUCUUGGAUGAUCUAAUUGAGGUGGAUCUGAAAUGGAAUUCUAUUCUUCAGGUCAUUGAAAAGGCAUGUUCUAGUUCAGAUAAACAUGCUUUAGUAACUCCUUGGCUAAAAGGAGAUAUCCUUGGCGAGAGAUUGGUAACCUUGGCAGAUCAUCUUUGUAAUAAGAACUUGGAAUCCACAGUAUCUUCUGAAUCUUACUUCUCAGAAAGAUGGUCUCUUUUAAGCUUGGUAUUAUCCCAACAUGUUAAAAAUGAUUACUUGAUUGGAGAAGUAUAUGUUGAAAGAAUUAUUGUUAAACUUCAUGAAACUUUAUCCAAAGCAAAGAAAUUGUCAGAAGCUGAAAAUAAUGACUCAUCAGUGUCUUUUAUCUGUGAUGUGGCCUAUAACUAUUUCAGCUCAGCAAAAGGAUGCUUGCUAAUGCCAUCAUCUGAAGAUUUAUUGUUAACUCUCUUUCAGUUGUGUGCUGAGAGCAAAGAAAAAACACAUUUGACAGACUUUCUUAUCAGUAAACUGAAAAAUACUUGGCUCUCUGGUGUGAAUUUAUUGGUCCAUCAAACUGGCGACACAUAUAAACAGAGUACCUUCCUACGUUUAUCUGCUCUGUGGCUGAAAAACCAAGUUCAGUCUUCAUCAUUGGAUAUCACAAGUCUUCAGGUCCUCUUGUCUGCUGUUGAUGAUUUGCUAAAUGCGCUUCUAGAGAGUGAAGAUACUUAUCUUCUGGGAGUUUAUAUUGGAAGUGUAAUGCCAGACAACAGCGAAUGGGAAAAGAUGAGACAGUCUCUUCCUAUGCAGUGGUUGCAUAGACCUCUUUUAGAAGGAAGACUGAGUUUGAAUUAUGAGUGUUUCAAAACAGAUUUUAAAGAACAAGAUACAAAGAAACUUCCCAGCCAUUUGUGUACUUCAGCAUUAUUGAGCAAAAUGAUAUUAGUUGCACUGAAAAAGGAAAUAGUCCUAGAAAAUAAUGAGCUUGAGAAAAUAAUUGCAGAACUGCUCUAUUCAUUGCAGUGGUAUGAAGAAUUAGACAAUCCACCUAUUUUUCUAACUGGAUUUUGUGAAAUGCUUCAAAAAAUGAAUAUUACAUAUGAUAACUUAUGUGGACUUGGUAAUACUUCUGGCCUUUUACAGCUGUUAUUUAACAGAUCCAGGGAAAAUGGCACCCUUUGGUCUCUUAUUAUUGCUAAGUUGAUCCUUUCCCGAAGUGUUUCAUCUGAUGAAGUAAAACGGCAUUAUAGGAGAAAAGAAGGUUUUUUUCCACUAACAGAAGGUAAUAUGCAUACCAUUCAAAGUCUCUGUCCAUUUUUGUCAAAAGAAGACAAGAAAGAAUUCAUUGCUCAAUGUAUACCUGCCCUUUUGGCCUGGACCAAGGAAGAUGUUUGCAGUAUUAAUGGAGGUUUUGGACAUCUCGCCAUUUUCAAUUCUUGUCUGCAAACCAAAAGCAUAGAUGAUGGAGAGCUAUUACAUGGUAUAUUAAAAAUUCUGAUAACCUGGAAGAAAGAUCAUGAAGAUAUUUUUCUUUUCAGUUGUAAUCUGUCAGAAGUAAGUCCAGAGAUACUCGGUGUAAAUAUAGAAAUAAUCCGGUUCCUUUCCCUAUUUCUGAAAUACUGCUCAUCUCCUUUGGCAGAGAGUGAAUGGGACUUCAUCAUGUGCUCCAUGUUGGCUUGGUUGGAGACAACAAAUGAGAAUCAGACAUUGUAUUCUGUUCCACUUGUACAACUGUUUGCCUGUGUCAGCUGUGAUUUGACCUGUGAACUCAGUGCUUUUUUUGAUUCCACAACUCUGGAUACCACUGGCAGUCUUCCUGUAAAUCUAAUCAGUGAAUGGAAAGAAUUUUUUUCUCCAGGCAUCCACAGUUUGCUUUUACCUCUUUUGGUGACUGUUACAGGAGAAAGCAAAGAUACAUCUGAAACAUCAUUUCAGAAUGCAAUGCUGAAGCCCAUGUGUGAAACAUUAACUUAUAUCCCAAAGGAUCAGCUAUUGAGUCAAAAACUCCCUGCAAGAUUGGUUGCUGGCCAAAAAACAAACUUGCCAGAGUAUCUCCAGACUUUGUUAAAUACAUUAGCCCCAUUACUCCUUUACAGAGCUCGGCCUGUGCAAAUUGCUGUUUAUCACAUGCUAUACAAAUUGAUGCCUGAAUUCCCACAAUAUGAUCAGGAUAAUCUAAAGUCAUAUGGAGAUGAAGAAGAAGAACCAGCCUUGUCACCACCAGCAGCACUGAUGUCUCUUCUUAGCACUCAAGAAGACUUACUAGAAAAUGUUUUGGGAUGUAUUCCUGUUGGACAGAUAGUUACUAUUAAGCCACUGAGUGAAGACUUCUGCUAUGUUCUGGGAUACCUCCUCACUUGGAAAUUAAUACUUACUUUCUUCAAAGCUGCUGCAUCUCAGCUUCGAGCUCUGUAUUCAAUGUACCUUCGAAAAACAAAAAGCUUGAAUAAAUUGCUCUAUCACCUGUUCAGGCUUAUGCCAGAAAAUCCGACCUUUGCAGAGACAGCUGUUGAGCUCUCCAAUAAGGACCCUAAAACAUUCUUUACAGAAGAACUCCAGUUGGGUAUUAGAGAUACCUCAACUCUUCCAUACCAUAUUCCACAUUUGGCUUGUUCAGUCUAUCACAUGACAUUAAAAGACUUGCCCGCCAUGGUUAGGCUGUGGUGGAAUAGUAGUGAGAAGCGUGUUUUCAAUAUUGUAGAUAGAUUUACAAGCAAGUAUGUUAGCAGUGUUCUUUCUUUUCAAGAAAUAUCUUCUGUGCAAACAAGUACACAGCUAUUUAAUGGCAUGACGGUUAAAGCUCGAGCUACUACUCGAGAAGUCAUGGCCACUUAUACUAUUGAAGAUAUAGUUAUUGAACUUAUAAUACAGCUGCCUUCAAAUUAUCCAUUGGGUUCAAUAACAGUGGAAAGUGGGAAAAGAGUUGGAGUAGCUGUUCAGCAGUGGCGAAACUGGAUGCUGCAGCUAAGCACUUACCUUACCCAUCAAAAUGGCAGUAUUAUGGAAGGCUUAGCAUUAUGGAAAAAUAAUGUAGACAAACGUUUUGAGGGUGUUGAAGAUUGUAUGAUUUGUUUCUCAGUCAUUCAUGGUUUCAACUAUUCUCUUCCCAAAAAAGCCUGUAGAACAUGCAAGAAAAAGUUCCAUUCAGCCUGCUUGUACAAAUGGUUUACGUCUAGCAACAAAUCCACUUGUCCGCUCUGUCGUGAGACCUUUUUCUGAGAUUUUUUUCUUUUCCCCAUUGGAAUUGAUCCCUGAAGUAAAUCAAGCAAAGGCAGUGGAUUUGGAUUCAUCUUGAAGUGUUGAUGUGAGAAGGCCAGUGAGCAUUCUUUCAAAUAGGACCUUCUCUGGAAAAUUAUUUUGGUUAAUGUAAUGAUCCUAAAAUCAGGUUUACUUACCUUUAGAUUGCUUUGUAAAUGUUCGGAAACCUUUUCUUUUACAUAAGAAUAUUACAUACUGGAGAGAAAAUAUUUAUAUUAAUAGUUUAAUCUCUUUGUACAUUUAAAAAUAAACAGGGAAAAACCCUAAAUUACAGAACUGGAAUUUGUGAAAGCGUUCUACAACUGUAUUAUACUGAUAAACCCAUUCAGUUUGUUGAUCUAUGUUCUAGAACAGUCUGAGUGAGGUAAAUGAAUUGAGAGGGUUGAUUUACAUUUACAGAUAUUUUAAGACUUAUUUAUUAGUUAUGACAACAAAAUUAAUUAGUAUUCUGAUAUUUAUAGAUUAUUUUAAUGAUAAAAUGACAUUAAGCUAUUAAUAUAGCUUAUCUUAAGCUAUUUAAAGCAUGCUCUGAAAUCCUAUAUAAAAGAGUAUAAACUGAACUUUAAGGUGCCUCCAUUUGUAAAGGGUUAUGAAAUUCAGAAAAUUAAAUUCACAACACGGACCUUUUACUGUAGAAGAAGAAUUUCCUUGUACUAGUGAAAUUUGAAUUGCAGACUUGUCAGUGAAUUUAUUACUCAGUUGGAAUGAGUCUCCAGAGGGUGAGAAUUUGAGAGAAACAGGAGUUAGAUUAUUUUAUUCGUGAAGCAGAGUGGUAGUUAUUCCUCUAUCAAGAGCAAAGAAAUAAAUGAGUUAUUUCUGAAACUUAAGUGGUGGAAAAAACAAAAAAUAUAAAAAUGUAGUAGGAGCCUUUUCAAUUUUGUAAGCAAAUUUUGCUAUUCUUACGGGUCAAAGUUACACUAAAUUAGAGAGUUGCGGGGAGGUGAUUUUUUCUAGCCUUCCAAAGUACAAGUUAAGAAUUUUAAUACCAAGUAAAAUUCAGUUUAACAGGCUGAAAUGGGGUAGGUGAAAACCUGCCUUUUGCCACAGCACUAUUGCCCUUAAAAAUCGUGCCCAAAAUAUAAAAGUGUGGAAGUUUGGAACUUGGAAUAAUUUUAUUGCAGUCUUCCAUCACAUGGGAAAUAUUAGCAUCUUUAAUAGCAAGGUUACUUGAAGAAUCAGCUAAUCAUCUCUGUUGCAAAUGUUUAAUUGGCAAAAAGCAACUCAUGUUAAAUAAAAUUACUGCUUACCAUCAACUGGGUAAAAUGGUUAUUAUUGAAAUAGUAUGAAUGUGGUCAGAGUAUCGUAGUGGAGAGUGAAGUAUUACGUGUGAGUUAAAGAUCUCGAGUUGUAUUUGUAGACGCAGUGUCCGGCCCAGUUUUGUCUGUCUCCUAAAUUUUUCUCUGUAGUAUUUAUUAUCUUAUAGUCUUGAGGCUCAAGGAGUCAGUAAGUGAAGUACAGAUAGCAAAAUGCUACUACCUCUUCUUAACCCCUUUCUUAAAAUAUUCUCUCUUUUUCUGUGUCUCUCUCUGACAUGGUAAACCCAAAGGAUUGUGUUACUCCUCUGUGAAAAUUACACACUUUUCCUUUAAAAAUUGUUUUAUAAUAAGACUUUGUUUAUAACUUUUCCAGGAUUGGUGCAUCUUGAUUUCUGACCCAAACCCCAAGUAGAAAAGAAAAGGGAAUAAUGGAGCAUUGUUUUUCCACAUUAUUAUUUAGGGCAUCAGGUUCUUGGUGAAACACUAUAAUUAAGUGGGAUACCUACUCUUCAUACUUAGGACUCUUAGCACAUUUCUUUGAGACUUGUAAAUAUAAAUGUAAAGCUUGUUAUUGUUUAUAUGCUAAAGAAAAAGCUUUCCAAAAUAAGACUGAAAUUCAGAAUAUCACAUUAAUUAAAGUUUAUUUAUAUAUCUUUGUUAACUUGAGAGCAUCCCUUAAAAUUCUAGCAUAAGGACAUUUUAAAAUUGCAUGAGAUUCAAAGCUCAUUAGGAAAAUUAUUAAUUUAAAACCCUAAUGUAAAUUGCAAAUUUUAGAAUUUAUUUUUAACUCAUAUUUAUCACAUGCUGUAAUGUAUGUACAUAAGUUCUGUGGCUUAAAAUAAUUAAUAUUAUUACUUGACAAGUUUUUGUGGUGUGAAUACUUAAUGUUAUUAUUUGACUGUUAUACCAUAUGUGCCCAUUAAAAUUCUUUUUAAUUGCAAAAUACUUCAAAUAUACAUAAUAAUAAUAUAAAUGCCCUUGUACUCUUCAUAAACUAUUUUGCCAUAUAUGCUUCUGAUUUUUAAAGAAAUAAAAUGUUACUCUUUUGUACUCUUCCCUGAGGCCAUCUCCUCCUUCCCUCCAUAGAGCUAACCCACUAUUCUGAAGUUGGUGUGACUCCUUUCUACUUAAGAUUUUAUACUUUACCAUGUGUUUACAUCCAUAAAUAAUAUAUAGCAGCUUUUUAAAAGUUUAUGAUAGCCUAUCACAAGUCCUCUUUUGUAAUUUGCUUUCUCAUUCAACAUAACUGCUGUUUAGUAUCAUUAUAUCAGUUUGCUUACCAUUUCCCUCACUAAUGGUCAUGUCAAUUGUUACUGUCUGCCAUUUUGAACCGUGCUGCAAGUGUACAUUCUUGAUAAUAUUUUCUCAUGCAAAUGAAAUGUGCUAGAUAUUCUGGACGUAUGCACCCACAUGGAAUUUCAGGUGGUAGAUACUCUAUGAUUUUAGAUGUAUGCUCUGUGACUUUAGAUGUUGCCAAGUUGCUCUCCAAAGUGGUGUGCAAGUUUGCACUCCCAGUGGUAGUGUAAGAGAAUUCUGGUUUUCCUAAGUCAUCACUAAAACAGUCUCACCACUUUUGAAGUUUUCCAGUCAGAGCUGUGAGAUAGUGGCUGUUUGUUUUAGUUUAUAUUUCCCUGGCUACCAUGAAUCUUAGCUUUAUUCCAUAUAUUUAUUGGUCAUUAUUUUGUGAAUAUAUUAUCUAUGUGCCUAUUUUUCUCAUGGAUUUUAUAUAUUAUUAUUUUGAUCCUAAUGCUGUAUCUCUUAACAGGGAUUCUUCAAGUAGGUGGCUUGACUUUAACAUGGUCUGUAGCUGUCUUUAAUUAAACAGAAUUUUUCAGUUAAAUUGAUCAUUCUUUUCCUUUAUGCUUGAGCCUUUUCUGUGUUAGGUUUAAAAAAUUGGUUCCUUCCCUGAGGCUUAAAAAAAUUCUUUUAUACAUAUUUUGUUCUAAAAGUUAUGAAUUUCAAAAUAUACCGAAUUCACCUGAAACUAAAUUUUGUGACUGUUGUAAGGUAGAAGUCCUGCCCCAUAUUGAUAGCCAGUUUUCAUAAUAUUAUUUGUUAAAUAGUCCACCCAUUGCCCAUUGACUCUGUAGUGCCUCCUCUCUUAUAUUACCGAAUCUUGUAUGUGUAUUGGUUUCUGGCCUCUGUAUUCUAUUCCAUUAGUCUAUUUAUCUGUGUUAAUUCUACACAAUUUUUUUUUUCUUUAAAAAACUGCUUUAUAAUUAAUCUUGAAGAGUAGGCGAGUAGUCUUUUACUCUUGCUCUCCUUUAAGACUUUUCUUGGAUAGUCAUAUCCUCUGCAUCCAAGAACUCCCUUUCUCUCUGCUUGUUUCCUAUCAUGGCCAAUUUGUCCUUACUACAAUGAGUUGUCUUAUGGAAGAAUUUGGCAGGUGUCCAUCCUAGGUUUUAUCUGGUGGAACUUAGGAGGCUCUUUGGGCUUUGCCAGAUUUUAUACUUUAGGUUUUAAAGUCCAGUUAUUCUGUUUGCUUGUUUGGUUUUCAAAAGUAGAGGCCAAAAUUUUGUGUAUUUAUGGUGGAAUCCUUGAACCUCUCCAUGAAUUUUUCUUUCUGUUUUGUAAAAGUUCCUUGCAAAAAGGACUUUGGACUGAGCAGAGUGUUUGGCAUGUGGGUCAGCUAUUUCCAAUUAAAGUCUUUUUUUUUUUAAUCUGUGGUUUUCUUUUUAAGGACAGCAACUUCUUUGUGUAGCACCAAGGCAUCAAAUAAUUUGUAUAUUUGUUGUCCAGAUUUUAUAGGGGUACCUGAGGAGGUUAAGAAACUUCAGUUUCCAUGGCAUUCCAAAUUGAUGUGCUAUUUCAAAAAAGUGGCUACAGUAUAUCGAUUUACUCUUUUAUUUUUAGUAAUGUGAUGUACCCUAUAGAAGACCAUAAGUUGGACCACUUGAGCCUAUCUGGUUAAGUCCUGGAUACUAUUAUAUAGCCAGAUAACAUUCAUUCUUUAAGAUAAGACCCAUUAACAAUCGACAUCUGUAGGAACUUAGUAGUGGAGUAUUCAAAAUUUCUGUUCUGGGCACGGACUUCUUGAACUGCAGAAUCAUAAUCGUGGGAAUCUCUUUUAUCAGCUAAAGUUAAGAGAGUUUCUGGAUUUGAGAAGGCAUACAGUUCUGGUGUACAGUUGAUAAAAUGAGAAGGAGAGGGCUUCCCUGGUGGCGCAGUGGUUGAGAGUCCGCCUGCCGAUGCGGGAGACACGAGUUCGUGCCCUGGUCCGGGAAGAUCCCACAUGCCGCGGAGCGGCUGGGCCCGUGAGCCAUGGCCGCGCUGAGCCAGCGCGUCCAGAGCCUGUGCUCCGCAACGGGAGAGGCCACAACAAGUGAGAGGCCAGCGUACCGCAAAAAAAAAAAAAAAAAAAAAAAAAAGAGAAAGUGAAAAUAUACAUUAUAUAGUAUCAUCAGAUUUACUUUUGCAUAUUGAUCUUUUACCCUGCAACCUUGCUGAAUUUGUUUACUAGUUCUAAUAGUGUGUGUGUAUUCCUUAGAAUUUUCUAUAUAUAAGAUCUUGUCAUUGGCCGUAGAGACAGUUUUAUUUCUUUUCCAUUCUGGAUGCCUUAUUAGGCAUCUGGCUAGAAACUCCAGUGUUGAAUAGAAGUAGUGAGAGCAGAUAUCUUUUUUUUGUUCCUGAUCUUAGGGGGUAAGCUUUCAGUCUUUCAGCAUUGUGAUGUUAGCUGUUAUUGAUAAAGUCAGAUUUAAAGGUGAACUAAAUACAAAUUCUGAAGAUACUUCAACUAAUUACUGUAGGCUGCAGUUUCUCAGUGCAAGAGAAAGUAAGCUAUUGUAUCAAAGGAUAGGCUGUAACAGGCAACAAAUUUUUGAUGUAUGUGAUGCUGUUGAAAAACGAUUAAAGCAGAGUUUCUCAACCUCACUACUGUUGGCAUUUUGAGCUGCAAAAUUCUUUGUUUUGGGGACUGUCCUGUGCAUUGUAGGAUGUUUAGCAGCAUCCCUGGCCUCUGUUUACUAGAUGCCAGUGCAGUAUCCCAGUUAUGAGAACCAAAUAUGUCCAAACAUUGCUAAAUGUCACCUAGGUGAUAAAAUUGUCCCCAGUUGGCAACACUUACCUUAGAGCAUGGACUAAUCAGGCACCAUUCAAUAGAAAUAUAGUGUGAGCCACAUAUGGUAUUUUAAGUUUUGCUAGUAGCCAAAAAUGUAAGAAUAGGUGAAAUUUUAAUAACACAAUUUGUUUAACUUGGUAUCCAAAAUACUAUUUCAACAUAUAAUCAACUAAAAAGUUUAGAUAUUUUACAUUCUUUUUUCAUAUUAAGUUUUUGAAAUCCAGUGUACUUUAAAUUUAUAGCAUUUCAAUUUAGAUAGGAAAUUUUCAUCAGAAAUACUUUAUCUGUAUUUAGAUGUCAGGAAAUUUACUGUUAAAAAAGUAAAUUCGUAUACCCAAGUUUUUCCCAAACACACUUAACAGUUUUCCAAUAACUGGAUCUAUUUUGAAAUUUUAGUUAAUAAAAAUUAAAUAAAAAUUUGAAAUUUAGUUCCUUAGUCACACUUACCACAUUUCAAGUGAUCAUUAGCCACAUGUGGCUAGUGGCUAUUGUAUUGGACAGUGCAGGCCUAAACUUACAUGUACAUAAAAAAAGAAAGGUUCUUGAUAAUCUAAGAAGAAUCACUCUGGACUCAAACUCAGCUACAAAUACUUUUACCUAUGUCUUGAGAGCCUUUUGCCCGUAAAAUUCUGGGAUCAUAGCUUAUCCUUUGGUUAAUUUUUGAAUCACACAUAAUGUAGUCAUAUGUCAAAAUCAGCUAUACUUUGGUCACAUGUAGCAUUUUCCAGAAUUUUAAAAAAUAAUUCUGCAGUAAAUUUUAACUGGCAGUUCCAUUUAUUAAAUGGUUGUACCAUGAGGAAAGUACUAUAUUCUGAUAAUGGUCCUGAAAUAAUAGUUAUAGAUUAUUGGACAUUUCCAUUAUUUGAGUGGUUUUAGUACUCUGAUGGGUCUGAUGUACUAUGGUAAUAGAAUUAUUAGUAGGUAAAGUUAGUAGUAGGUAAGUUACCCAUAUCAGUAUAUUGUUGUCCAUCUGUAUUUAUAGAUCUUCCUCCUUAGGGGUCUAGAAGAAGGUCGGGGAAUUGUUAAGUGCUAGUGUUUACUGGAGUAACAUUACUAGAGAGGUUUUGGAUAGUUGUCCUGUUUCUUAGCCAUGACUGAACAUUAAUUCUUUUCCUAGCCCUUCUGCUUAUGGUAUUCCUAGCCACAGCUGCCCAUUUCUCAUAGAACAGAGAACAUUUUGGUCUUAUUUUUGUUUUGAUUAUCAGUUGCUUUAUCUUGAAGGUCAGAAGUUUGUUUUCAUUUCUAGAUUUUUGAAAUGUUUAACGACACGUUAGAGAUCAUCUAAAUUGGCAUUUCUGAGCAAACGCAUGCCCUGGGCAGUGAAAGCCCUGCGUCCUAACCACUGGACUGCCAGGGAAUUUCUUUUUCAGACAGAAAAAUUCAAGAAAUGACCUUGAAAGGGUAAGCAAACAGGAAAUGCACUACUAAGGCCAUCUCAGAUGCCUUUCCCUUAGGAAAAGUCUUAACAACUCAACGGCAACAACAAAAAUUCAAAACUAUGAACAAAUAGGCUUGUCCUUUUUUUUUUUUUUUUUUGAAAAUGAAAAAAAAGAAAAAAGGACAAGCCUGUCUGUCUUUACAUUAGCUCUUGAGGAUACUCCAGAAUAUUGUUUGAAAUUUUUUCUGGGUUUGUUUUGGAGUCUGCUACUUAUUCAUCUUUUUUGUUUGUUCAUAGUUUUGAAUUUUUGUUGUUGCUGUUGAGUUGUUAAGACUUUUCCUAAGGGAAGGGCAUCUGAAAUGACCUUGGUAGUGCAUUUCCUGUUUGCUUACCCUUUCAAGGUUAUUUCUUGAAUUAUGAAGAGCUGAGUUAUUUAAACCAUCACCUAAUUUUUUGUGUUUUUUGGUUGUCAUUGUUUUUGCUGCUUUUAAGCUUUUUACCCUCAUCUGAGGGGCUGACAAUUAAGUGAACUGGUUGGUACAAACCUGGUAGUCCAGGACAAUAAAUAUCAAACAAAAUUCUGGGGCUUCCCUGGUGGCGCAGUGGUUGAGAAUCUGCCUGCCAAUGCAGGGGACACGGGUUCGAGCCCUGGUCUGGGAAGAUCCCACAUGCCGCGGAGCAACUAGGCCCGUGAGCCACAACUACUGAGCCUGCGCGUCUGGAGCCUGUGCUCCGCAAGAAGAGAGCCCGCGAUAGUGAGAGGCCCGCGCACCGCAAUGAAGAGUGGCCCCCGCUUGCUGCAACUAGAGAAAGCCCUCGCACAGAAACGAAGACCCAACACAGCCAAAAAUAAAUUAAUUAAAAAAAAAAUACGGGAGUACAUGUAUUUAAAAAAAAAAUUCUGAAUUCUGCAUAAAUUUGUCUUCCUAAGGGUAAGAAAAUUCUUGAUUAAAGCUCUCAACUUGACUCUAGAUCAAGGUUCAAAUAUCAGUUUGUUUAGAUCUGCAUUCUGGUCUAAUAGUUUUGAAGGAAUAUAUAUAAUGUAAAUGAUCUGUGUUAAGAAAACCUUUGAGGAAAGGAUUACUUGUUUGGGAUGUAAAAGAAGGUGCAGAAGGAUAGAAGGGGUUUUAGUGGAUGGUAAAGCUACAGCUGGGUAGAGAGAAAGGUGCAAGCAGGAUGGGUUUAGAAGGUUUGAAUGGGAACAAACUGGUAUUUCUUUCACAGAGGCUUUCUAAGAGUCAUUGUUUCAUUUUGAGGCCACAGCAUACCAAUCAAAAGUUGACUGUUGAAUGCUUUAGGCUUUUUUCCCCCUAAUUUCUCUAGAGCUCCUUUGAAAUGUAUUAAUUUUGAUAUAUCAGAAGUUCCCUAUAAUGGCUAUUGUAAUUCUAAGACAUUUUUAGCAAAAAAAUUUGCCUUUAUCAAGUUAAGCACAAGAGUUAGGAUUAUAGUGAAAAUUGUGCCAGGAGGAGGUUGUGUCUUUGACACAGACAAAUCAGUGACAAACAAGAAAAAGGAGCUAUGUUCGUCGAGUGUGUUUGUUAAUGAUAGAUGAGGUUCUUCAAGGAAGCAGAGGAUAGGAAGGAGCCAAGUGAUCAGUGACCCCAACAACUGAUCCUGAAAUAUGGACUAAACAAAGUGAACUUCUUUCACAAAUUGCCAGGUCUUGGGGAGAACUCUUAAGAGGAUCUCACAGGGGACCCAAAGCAAAGUUUGACCCAUCAUUUUAACAGCCAGUUUUCAUCAGUCUAAUGAAUCACUAGUCUUUAAGGCCAACUUGUGUUGAUUUGGAGACUUAGUUUAUGCCUCCCUCUGUUCCCUAUGAAGUACUUCCUUAUAUGUUCAACAGACACAAGACAGUAAGGGACAAAAUAAGAAAACACAUAAGACAAGAAUUUGUAUAAAUAGAUGAACAGGAAAGUGAAAGCAAACCAAGCAGUGGGUCUGAUUAUCAUAAAGACAGAACUAAGUGUACUAAGUAACCUUAUAUGAAGAUCUAUUUGUUUAGAACUCUUAGAUAAAAUAAAUUCAGCAAUUAGAGCUCAGUGAACCCUAGUCAAAGUUCAGAUUGUUUUUGAGAAACUCACCUGGCAACAGAUGUGAGGACUAUUGGAGUUUGGGACUCAAGAGGCCGCUGAUCUUUCCUGUUGGUCCAGGGGUCCACUGGGAUACUGCCAAGUGAGGUAUUAUAAAUAAUCUUGAUGUGAGAAUUGUCCAAGGAAGAGAUCAAGAUUACUACUUGAUAUCUGAAACAAAGCCUAUAUUACUUAAGAAAGGGAGAGUUAUGCUGGUUUGGCCCGUCAUUUUGAGUAAAUCCAAUUGCUAAUUUUACAUAAGGUUUUUGACUCGGGUAUUGUUCUGGUGUUGUGUUGGUUACAGAGGUGGAGUGGGUUGAUGUCACUCUUACAGUCAUGGUUAUUCUGGCCAGCUGGCUUUCAGAAGAUUCAGUGAUAAGUUUAUUGUUGACUGGUUGACCUUCAAAAGUGUGAGACUGUCUCUGAAUGAUUGGCUUGCAGAGGCAAGGUUGCUGAAUCAAGUUAUUGUUGAUUACAUAGAUUUUGAAUUGGUUCUAAUUUACUUGUUACUGGCUGUAGAACAGUCAGUCUGUUAUCAAGACUGGAGAGAGAGGCUUUUUUAUUCUUCACAGGUUUGUUGGUUGUAUAGUUUUUUUUUAAUUAAGUGAAAUCCACAUAACAUAAAAUUAACCACUUUAUUUUAGUGUUUUAAAGUUUAGUUUUAAUUUUUGGCUGCGCCAUGCGGCUUGUGGGAUCUUAGUGUCCCAACCAGGGUUUGAACCCAGCCCCUCAGCAGUGAGAGCGUGGAGUUCUAACUACUGGACUGCCAGGGAAUUCCCAAAAUUAACCAUUUUUAAGUGGACAGUGGGAAUUCCCUGGCAGUCCAGUGGUUAGGAUGCAGCGCUUUCAGUGCUGUGGGCCUGGGUUUGAUCCCUGGUCAGGGAACUAAGAUCCUGCAGGCCUUGGGGCAUGGCCAAAAAAUAAAAAAAUAAAGUGGACAGUUUAGUAGCAUUCAGUACAUUAAACAGUUACUUCCCAACCUCCCACCCUACCCCUAGUAACCACCAACCUGCUUUCUGUCUCUAUGGAUUUACCUUUUCUGGACAUUUCAUACAAAUGGAAUUGUAUAACAUGUGACCUGUUAUGCCUGUCUUCUUUCACUUAGCAUGUUUUUGAGGUUCCUCCACAUUGUAGCAUGUAUCAGUACUUCAUUCCUUUUUUAUGGCUGAAAAACAUUCCAUAGCAUGUAUAUACCACAAUUGGCUUGUUAUUCUUUUGUUGAUAGACGUUUGGGUUGUUUUCACUUUUUCACUAUUGUGAAUAGUACUUCUUUGGACGUUCGUGUACAAUUAUUUUUAUGAGUACUUGUCUUCAAUUAUUUUGGGUGUAUACAUAGAAGUAGAAUUGCCGGUGAUUCUGUGUUUAACUUUCUAAGGAAACACCAAACUGUUUUCCACAGCAGUUGCCACGUUUUACAUUCCCACUCAGCCAGGUAUGAGGGUUCCAGUUUCUUUACAGUCUCCCACACUUGUUAUUUUGCAUUUUUAAAAAUUAUAUAUAGCCAUCCUAGUGGAUAUGUAAUAUUAUUUCAUUGUGGGUUUUUUUUGCGGUAUGCGGGACUCUCACUGUUGUGGCCUCUCCCGUUGCGGAGCACAGGCUCCGGACGCGGAGGCUCAGCGGCCAUGGCUCAUGGGCCCAGCCAUUCCGCGGCAUGUGGGAUCUUCCCGGACCGGGGCACGAACCCGUGUCCCCUGCAUCGGCCGGUGGGCUCUCAACCACUGUGCCACCAGGGAAUCCCUCAUUGUGGUUUUGAUUUGAAUUUCCCUAAUGACUAAUGAUGUUGAGCAUCUAUCUAUUCAUAUACUUGUUGAUUGUAUAUCUUCUUUGGAGAAAUAUCUAUUCAAAUCCUUUCCUCAUUUUUAAAUCAGGGUAAAGUUUUGUUUUUGUUGGUAUUGAGUUGUUAAGACUUUUUAAUAUAUUCUGGAUACGAGACCAAGAUCUAGCUUAGAAGGAUGUUAAUAUUCUUUAAUUUUGGGAGAAGUCCUUGAGAAUUCAGUAUUGAUCAGGUUUGGCUCUGAGUGACAAAAAAUUCAAAGUAAAUGUGGUUUACACAAGAAAGAAAUUGAUCUCUUUUGUAAAUGAAGUCUAGACAUAAGCAGUUUGGGGACCUAGGUUUCUUAUGUAUGUAUAUGGACCUUGGCUUCUUAUGUCUAUAUAUGGACCUAGGUUUCUUAUGUAUGAAUAUAGACCUAGGAUUCUUACGUUGUUGCUCCACUAUUCUCAAUAUGUGACUCCAUUUCAUGGUCCACGGUGACUGCUCAAGCACCAGCCAUUUUGGGUACUUUACACUCAGCACAAAGGAAGAAAGAUGAAGAGGAGCAUGCUCACUUGCCUUAGGGACUGUCCUCAUAAGUCGCACACAACACUUUUAUUUAUUUCUCGUUGGAAAGAAUUUGUUCUUAUGUUCACCACUAGCUGCAAGAGAAGCUGGAAAAUAUAAUCUUUAUUCCAAGCAGCCACAUAUCCAGCUAAAAAUCAAGAGUUCUAUUGUUGAGGAAGAUGGGGAGAACAGAUAUGGGAGGACAACUAACAGUGUCUCUUGCAGCUCCUCUGGUAUUUGUGUAAGUACUGUUGUUGCAUAUGCCAUUAAAAUGUACAAUCUUGGGCUUCCCUGGUGGCACAGUGGUUGAGAGUCCGCCUGCCGAUGCAGGGGACACGGGUUCAUGACCUGGUCCGCGAAGGUCCCACAUGCCGUGGAGCAGCUGGGCCCGUGAGCCAUGGCCGCUGAGCCUGCGCGUCCGGAGACUGUGCUCCGCAACGGGGGAGGCCACAACGGUGAGGGGCCCGUGUACCACAAAAAAAUAAAUAAAUAAAGUACAAUCUUUUCUAUCCAAUUUAAGUCUUUGUUUUUUAAUUGUAAUAUUUAGCUCAUUUACAUAAUACAGUUGUGGAUAUAUUUUAUAAUUAGUUUUCUGGUUGUCUCGUCUCUUGUUCCUUUGUCUCUCUUUUUCUGCCUUUUGGUUUAAUGAAUACUUAUUUUCAUUGCCUCCUAUUGUCCUAUUUUACAUUAUAAAUAAAAUCCAUAUUAGCUUAUUAUUUAAGGUCAUCCUAGAGAUUAUAACGUUCAUACCUGACUUAACAACAUCUCAUAUAUUAAUACCUUUACCACUUCCUGGACAAUUCAAGGACCUUUAUAUAACUUCAGUACUAUUGUUUUCUGUACUGCUAUUUUCAAGUAUUUUAUUUUUCUUUAUGUAUUAAAACUAAUAACGAGAAUUCCCUGGUGGUCCAGUGGUUAGGACUUGGCACUUUCACUGCCAUGGCCCAGGUUUGAUCCCUGGUUGGGAGACUAAGAUCCUGCAAACUGUAUGGCACAGCCAAAAAACAAAACAUAAGAUGUUAUUGUUUUUUAAGUCUGUAUAUUAAUUUAUAUGUGUGAUCAUUACUAUUUGUAUUGCUUUUCACUCUUUUCUGCAUCUUUGGCAGUUCUUUUCUUUCAUCACCUUGACAGUAUCAUUCAUUGGUCUUUUGGAGUUCCAUUGUUUCUGUUGCAAAAAAUCUGUAAGUGCUAUUAUUCGUUUUAAAGAAAUGUCACCCUUGCCCCACCCUACCCCCAGCUGCUUUUAAGAUUUUUCUCUUUGUUUUGUUUAUGGUGUCAGAUCUUUUCUGCUAGGAGUUGCAAAGGUACUUGAAUCUGCAAUUUGAUUUUUUUAGUCAUUUUGGGACAAUUCUUAGGCAUGAAUUCUUCAAAUAUCAUGUUUGCUCUAUUCUUCUUUCCACUCCUACUUAAUUAGGACUUUCACAAUGAACCAUAUGUGUCUUAGAUUCUCUUCUGUUUUGUUGUUGUUUUAUUCUUUUUCUUUUCAUGUUCAGCCUGGAUUUUUUUCUAUUGACCUAUCUUCUAAUUCACCAGUCUUCUCUUCAGCUGUGUCUAAUCUGCUGUUUAACUCAUCUACUGAGUUCUUAAUUUCAGUUGCAUUAUUUUUCAAUUCUAUAAUAUCUAUUUAAUUCUUUUAUUGAUUUGAACACUGCUAAAAUUCUUCAUCCUGUGUCUUUUCUUGAACAUAUUACAGUUACUUAGAAGUUAUUUGGAAGCCCAUGUUUGAUAAUUCUUAAUGCCAGUUUCUCUUUUUCUCUUGAUUUUCAAUCAUUUGUUGUUGCCUCCUGGUAUGGUAGGUAAUUCUUGCCUGAAUGCCUGACAUUGUACAUGAAAAAUUAUUGAGAUGGUGAUAUUAACUCUUGAUGAUGUUAUCUUCUUUCACAAAGGAUUUACUUUUUUGCUUCUAGCAGGCAGUUUGUAUAAGAACAGAUCAGUGUAAGAAUUAGCUGGUUCAAAGCUGAUCUUUGGCCCCCUUUUUUUUUUUUAAUUUUAUGUUUUCUUUGGCUGCAUUGGGUCUUCGUUGCUGCAUGUGGGCUUUCUCUAGUUGCAGCGAGUGGGGCUAUUCUUCCUUGCAGUGUGCGGGCUUCUCAUUGCGGUGGCUUCUCGUUGCAGAGCAUGGGCUCUAGGCACGUGGGCUUCAGUAGUUGCAGCAUGCAGGCUCAGUAGUUGCGGUGCAUGGGCUUCAGUAGUUGUGUGAGGGCUCAGUAGUUGUGGCUCGUGGGCUCUAGAGUACAGGCUUAGUAGUUGUGAUGCAUGGGCUUAGUUGCUCUGUGGCAUGUGGGAUCUUCCUGGGCCAGGGAUCGAACCUGUGUCCCCUGUAUUGGCAGGUGGAUUCUCAACCACUGUGCCACCAGGGAAGUCCGAUCUUCAGUCCUUUUGAGGGUUGGUAUAUUUACAUUUCAUCUAGCGCUCUUUUACCUUGGCUGAUCCUGAACUCCAAUUUUUAUAUCCCCACACCUCUAAGAAUGCCUUAAACUCUACUUACCUUUUCAACCUCUGGGCUGCCACUUUCUGCUCAGCUUUUCCCACCUUUAGCUUUUCAGCCUUGGGCCCCUGCUUAUGAAUAGGCCGUUGCCUUAAGGGGAAAACAAAUGCUAAAUAUCAGUCUCACUUCCAUGCUUCCCUUCUGCACAUGAUCUGGAUUCUUCAGGUCCUUACUGCCUUGGUGGCCCUGGUGUUUUCAAGCAGACCACAGAGAUCUCCAUCUUUAUAUCUGUAUCUAUAAUUAUAUCUAAUUUUUGGCUAGGGUAGUUGGCCUGAUAAAAGUUAGUCUACUGUAGCCAAAAGCAGAAGUCCCCAUAAUCUGUUCCAUGACAAAAACUCCUACUAGAGGAAAGCAGGUACCUAGAUUAUUCCUAGAAUAUCAAUUCCAUUCAUUUUCUCCUCUCUCUUCUUUUAAAAACUUUAUAGCCUUCAUAGCAAUACUCUAUACAUAUGCAAUAUUUGGGUAUCUCUGCUUGAGCACGCUCUGGAACCCUUUACCCCUCUAUGUCAUGUCUCAGUCUAUGUAGAGCUUUUAUAUACUUUCACCAACUCAUGCUUGGAUGGAGAGAGGCUGUGAUGUAGAAGCACUGGCAAAGCCAGCUGCAGAUUACACUUUCCGUUUUUAUUUGAUCUCAAACUAGAAUCCAAUCUGUCUUGGUUCAGGAACUUUCACUGUGUGUUUUACUUUGCAUUUAGCUUAGUCUUUUCGCCUGGUGUAGACUCUAUAUCGAUUUUAGUUCACAAAAGUGACUCACCCUGAGAGGCUGUAUAUAUUCAGUUUGUUGCCGGGAAGAACAUAGAUAUGCCAAGUCAAUCCUUGAGUUAAACCUUUUUUUUUCUUUUUUUCCUCCCAAAUGCUCACCAGUGUGAAAAGGCUUCCUGAAUGAUGGGUGCCUUUCACUGUCCACCUCCUCCAACUCUCCUUCAGAUAAAUUUAUCAGUAUAACUUGGGACAAUAUGCAGAAGUGUCUGCAUUUUAAUUCAUAAGCAGAGACCCUCAUUGAUACUACAUUUACUCCUAAAUCCGAGAUACAGCAGUUACCCUAAUUUUACCUAAAACAGAAUUUAGCAAAUAGAACACACCAAGACUUUUCAAGAGGUACUUGUUGUACAUGGAGAAUUUUAAAUGAAUCUAUUUUCAUUUUCUCAACUCCCAUGUACUCUCCAAAAAUCGAUCUUCCUGUUAAUAUACCUGUCUCAGACUGAUUCUCUUUCCUGCCGUCUCUUGGCAUAUUUGUCCUUCUGUUUAAGAAUUAAGAAAUAAUUCUCACCCAUCUAUCUCUAAUUUUACAGUGGCCAAGGUAGGGAAAACAAAAAACCCCUGGGAGCCUAGAGAGGUAAUUUUAAAUAUGUUGAGAAAGAUGUUUGUAAAGGCUAACAAAUCCUUUUUUGCAACUCAGUGGUUUUCAGUUGCUUACUUUUGAUAAAAUAAAAGCCUAAUAGAGGGACUUCCCUGGCGGUCCAGUGGUUAGGACUCCGCACUUCCACAGCUGGGAGCAUGGGUUUGACCCCUGGUCGGGGAACUAAGAUCCUGCGUGCCGCCUAAUAGAGCUGUCAGUCAGUACAUCAUUAGAAAUUAUUUCAUGUUUAGCAUAUUACUCAGAAAAAUUUAAUGAAUGCAAUGACAUUGAGUAACAAAGACUGAGUUACUAUAAAACUCCAUUUUCAUCUACUUUUUGACAUGAAGAGUUUUCUCAGUGAUUUUAUUUAUAAAUAGGAAAAAUAGGAAUAGAAUUUAUGUCAACUGCUAUCUUAUUUUAGUUAUAUAUUUAUAAGUAAUUAUAGUAAUAUAUAGUUAUAAGUAAUAUAUAUAUAUAUUUGUGGAACUAUGAACUAAAAAAUAUAAAACUACAAACCAGUCUCAACUCUCUAAUAAGAGAUGAAUUUCCAGUAAGAUUUAAAAUAUUUUAUGCUUAAUUACCUAUAAAAUUUUUAAUGUUUGUUUUUAUUAUUUGUGUUCUAAUAGUUAUUUAAUAACAAUCUAGAAAAAUAUUUUUAAUACCUAUAGCUUAGUCACAGGAAAUCAAUAUUUAAAUUUUUAAAUUUAUAUUCAUAUUUUUACUAUACAGCAGUAUUAUAGGGGGAUAAAGAAAAUAUUUUAAGCACUCCAAAUAUACUAUAAUUCUGUAAGGGAAAUGGAGUAAAAAUACAGAUCCAGUGAAUGAUGUUAAAUGUCUGACUGUUGAAGAGUUUUCUUGUAUUAUUUUAUUGAUGAUGGGAAUCAAAUUGCUAUAGCAUUUAGAUUCUAUUAGGUAUAUUUAAGAGAAUGAUGUAACAGUUUCUAUUUUUAAAAAUGCAAGUGUUUAUAGUAUGCCCCUGGAAAUUAUCUUAUUUAUACCUAUUUAAACUUACGAUGAUAAACUUUAGUUAUCAAUUUUAAAAUAUGUGAAGUGGUACAUACUUUCCCAAAAUGUGUUUGGGAAAUUCUGUUCUGGCAGAUGGAAACAAAGGUUGGCAGCAGGUUCCCAUACAAGUUAAACAGACCUACACAGACAGCUCUUUAUUGAUAGUUUUAGAGACAUUUUAAAAUGUUUCUUAAUUUUAGAUUUGGUGCUAGAGAGUUUGUCAGGAAUAGCAUGUCACACUAUCUUCCAGGUGAGCCAGUCAAGUCAUGGUGCUAGAAAUGUUGAAGAAACUUCUGUACUGCUUGGGUCAGAUCUUUCAAAGCCUACAUUGCUAGGAUUCUAGCCAUUGCCUGAAAAAAGAGAGAAAUCAAACAGAACUCUAUGUAGUCAAAGCCUAAUUCUUCCAUAAUAACAGAACAGACAGCUCUUACAAAGUGAAAAGUUCACAUUUUCUUUUUUUUAAAAAAUACAUAUUUAUUAAUUUAUGUUAAAUAACAAUAGCAAAUCUAUCACCUGUUGAUAUAGAUCUGGCAUGUUUUUAUGACAAAUAAUUAUAUUUUCCGAAAUAAAAUGUUUAGUGAGAGAGCAACAUAGUUUUACAAUUUUUGCAAAUUUCUUUGAUGUCUGACUUGUUAGAAGGCAGCUGGAUUCUCAUGUCUGCUUCUGCUUUCAAUUGGCUGCCAUCUGUUGUUUUGGUUGAAGUAUAUUUAAAAAAAAAACAAAAUCAGCCCCACACAGAUAUGUAAAGGUUACAUUUUCUAUCAGCAAAAGAAUAUACAUUUUGACAUGUCUUACUAGAAGUGAGUUUUUAGUUGUCACAAGAUUACAAUUAAGUAGUUACAUUUUUUGGAAAGCACUUUCCUUAAUUUAACACCCUUUCAUGCCUGUGUAACUCAAGGUUUGUCAUAAUCUGCUUGACAGUAGUUCUGAGAACAGUCCUAUAGAAUUUUACAUCUUGUUUCCUCAUCUUAAGUCCUGAAUGGAUGGUGAGUUUAAGCAAAUACUUUUCUACAUCUAAUUAAAUGACAAGGUUUUCUUUUUUCCUUCUCUUUAUCCUUGUGGUGAUUACCUAAAUAAAUUUUCUAACCUUGAACCAUCCUUGCAUUCUUAGUAUAAACCCUACUUCGUCAUGAUCAAUACUAUUAUUACUAAUAAUAUAUUUGUGGAUUUUAAAGAUAUUUUUUCAAAGUCUGCUUCUUUGUUCACAAACCACCCUAUGAUCUUUAUUGUACUGUAUUUAUAUUCAUAAGUGAGAUUAACCUAUAAUUUUCUUUCUUAUAUUGUUUCUGUUUGGUUUUGGUAUCAAUGAUAUACUAGUAUAUCAAUGAGAUAAUAGCUCAUAUUAAAAAAAUGAGUUAGGGUUCUUGAGUGUUUGAUAAAACUCACUUGUAAAGUCACCUGGGCCUGGUGCUUUUGUUUUGUGGAGUGGAGUGGGCAGAUACUCAACUAACUUUCUUUAAUGGUCAUAGACUCUUUAAAAUGUUCUAUUUUUUCACAAGUUAGUAAGUUUUAUUUUCUUAGGAAAUUAUUCAUCUGUUUUUAAAUGGAUUGGUAUAAAGUUAUUCAUGGUAUUUUCUUAUGAUUUUUAGUAUUUAUACACUAUUUGUAUGAUUUUUCAUCCCUAAUAUUAUUGAUUUGUGCCUUAUUUCUCUUUUUUCUUUUUUUUUUUUUUUUUU